AUGUCGCUUGUCCAAUCGCUUGGUGUCUCGCUUGUCCCUUCGGGACAGCAACACCAAGCGCAGAAUCAGAGGCCUUCGGAGACUGUCCAGCUUGUCCAAAUCGGUGUGUUCGCACUGCUCAGCCUCGCGAUGCUGAUGCGCAGUGACCCUGUUGUCCUCGUUGCUGAGAUUCGAGCGACCAUCUUGGACUUCGUUGCUGAGAUUCGAACGACCAUCUUAAUGCUAGCUCCAACGUGCAUCCAGCUUGCCCCCUAUCUUGCAGGCCUUGCCCUCGCCGCCAUCGCCCUUCGCAUCUUGUUCGAAUACCAUCGGGGCCGGCUAUAUGUUAGGGCACUGGAGGCUGAGUCCAGCAAACAAAAGGCAGAGAUAGAAGCCAACCGCGCAGUACAAGUGGAGGACGCAAAGGCCAGAGGCAAGGCGGAAGAAGCAAGAAUCGCAAUUGCCGCGGCAAAAACAACCGAGGCUGCUGCCAGGGCAGCGGAGGCCAAAAAAGAGGAGAGGGAGGCCAAAGCAGAGGAGAGGGAGCGGCAGGAGCGACAGGAGGAGAAGCGCGAGCGCGAGGAGCGGCUGCGUAGUGAGCGAGCAAAGAACGCGAAGGGAGAUGGUUGCGCCAUGAUGUAA